CAUGCUGAUCGUGCCAAUCCGCGUGCUAUAAUAAAUCCAGCAUAAUGCAUUGAGUCGCUUGCCCGUUGGCCACGCUAAUCUUCCAGAGAUCCCGACUGUGUUUAUGGGAAUAAGAAGUCGUAAAAAAAGCAUUGAAAUGAGCUAGACCACAAUGUGUCACCAUCACAAUGUGUCCAACUCCAAUCCACAAGGGUAUAAAUAGAGGGAACGGCGUAGAUGGACUGUCAGAACUGGAAGUGAUUUGAAAUCGAAGCAAGAUGCGAUCCCGCGAUUCCCUGUUGACCAUCCUAACAUUGCUGAUUGCCUGCUGCCUGGAUUCGAGUGGCGCUCUGUUCUUCAAGUCCUGGAAGACGGGAAAAGGAUAUACUGGAUAUAGUGGAGUACAAGACUAUGGUGGCUAUGGAAACUACGGCCAGGGAAACUACGGCUAUGGAAGCUAUGCUGUAGGAUAUGGUUACAACUAUCCAUCCUAUCCGGCAUAUAAUUCCAAUUCUUACCCAGCUUACUCAGGCCACGCUUCUUACUCCAAAGGAGGACGCAAGCCUUCUGGAAACCGAAAAGGACGCACUUACUCGGACAUUCGAAGAGUUAUAAAUCCUGCUCCAUACAUCGGCCCUGGAGGCAGUCGCUUCCUGCCCCGUACUCCAUAUUCCGCCCUUUGGGGUUAACGAUUCGACCAUCUGAACUCGCUUCGUUGUCAGCAGUAUUAGCCAUUAAAAUAAAAUCAGCGAAAGUUACAUCUAA